UUGAAAAAAAUGAUCUUCGAAUUAUUGACAAUCAUAUUCUUCAAUUUUUUCGCGCUCUUGAAAAUUAUUUACCGUCAAAGUUGAAUUGCGACUCCGUUUUUACAAAUUAUUAACAGAAGCAAUACGGUGUCGCCGAGCUGGAUGUGCACAAACGUCACCUACAAACUAAACUGCUCCCGCUCGGGGCGUGCCCAACUUCGGUAAAGACAGUCAACAAAUUUCCACCGUCAUCAUCUAGUCGCCAGAGAAGGAUUCCCACUUAAGCUAAUCCGACGAUAGGAUGUCGAACACAGAUUUUGAUAGUCAAGACUUGGGUGGCUCAAGUGUGCUAGAUAGUGACUACUUGACCAUGUUAAGUUCAUCAGACAAGCUAAUGUCUGGAGAAUUUGAAGCUCUUGAACGACUCCAAGCAGAAUUAGAUUUGUUUGAUGAUCCUAAUCGGCCUGAAGAAAUAGUUGAACAAAUGGCUGUAGAAAAUCAUUUAGAUUUAAUAGAAGAAGAAGUUUGUAGCGAUACAGGCGAUACUGUAAGUGACACUGAAUCUACAUCAAAAACCAAAGAGUCUGAAUCAGAAAUUAUAACGUCAACUCAGCCACAGGUCAUUGAGUGUCAGACUGUUGAUGAACAUAAGUCAGAAUCUUCUAAGCUCUUGCAGGAAAAUAUAAUUGUUACACUUAAGCAACCUGAAGUUGUAACUGUUCAAAGUGCUACUAAAAGAAGUGCGCCAACCUUACCCACAGAUCAGCAGUCAAAAAAACCAUUACUUACUAAGGUUAUGGUUAACACAGUACCAAGUUUGAGUACUGGAAAAGGAGCACAACAAAUCUUAUUGAAUGUUCCAAUUGGUCAACGUCCACAACUGGGUACAACUAGAACUAUAACACUGACCCAAGCUCGUCAAAUGGGUUUACUAACACCAGGAUGUCGUUUACAGCCAGUUACUUCUAAUUCAAACACAUUGCAAAAUAAGAACAUGGUCAUAAAUAAAAUUUCGGGUACGUUAAAGAAAGGAACAUCCACCAUGAAAUCUUCUGGGCCUACAAAAAUAUUACCAGCUCCAACUCUAAUCACUGCUAAAAGUCCAGUACUGCAACAGCAAAAGAUAUUUAUACGACAAGGAGCUGUUUUUAAACAAGGAACUAUAGUAUCUACGAGUAAUGGUAGUAAUCAAGUUUUUCGAUUACCCUCUGUCGUUGGUCAAUCUUCACCUGUAUCAACUAUACAACACAUUCGAUUACCAACAGUUAAUGCUACUACUGUUGGUGGUAUACAACAUGUCAGAGUGCCUAGCAACUCUGGAAUACAGCAAGUGCUACCAAAUAAACAAGUGCAAUACAUUAGGCUUGUCCCAACUAGUGCCAGCAAUUUGGCCUCUUCAACUGUAUCGGUAGUGACAACUACUACUGUCUCUGCACCACCUAAACAACCACAGAUUGUUACUGUAUCUUCAUCAACACAUAAACCAAAUAUCAAAACAACACCUAUUACAACUAAAACAACUGUAGCAAGCAAUCAAGGGACUGUGGCCAACCACAUAAAAGUAUUUUCUGCUUCACCACAUACUGUUACAUCUACUCAACAAAGACCUAUAUUGCCAGCAAAUAAACCAAAUUGUAGUUUACCAUCAGAAUCAAAAAAGUCAAAUAAUUUGGUUCUUUCUUCAACGAGCUCAAUGAACACAAAACAGCCUUCGCCAAAACUAGUAAUUAAAGAAGAAAAUAUUGAAGAAAUAAUUGUCACAAGAAAAGAUGAAAACAAAGAAUUAAAUUUAACUCCAUCAUUACCAAAGAUUGGAAGACCAUCAUCUUCUACACCAUCCAACUUAUCAGAUCCUAAGCCCAAAUUUGCCAAUGAUUUAAACAAAACUAAAAAACCUUGUAAUUGCACCAGAUCACAGUGUCUUAAAUUGUAUUGUGAUUGUUUUGCGAAUGGUGAAUUUUGUUAUCAGUGUAACUGCAAUUCAUGUUUUAAUAAUAUGGAACAUGAAGAAGAUCGACAACAAGCAAUCCGUGCAGUAUUGGAUAGAAAUCCAAAUGCAUUUCGACCAAAAAUCAAAAGUUUUGUAGGUCAAGCUGAAAGGCAACAUACUAAGGGAUGUAACUGCAAGAGAUCUGGAUGUCUAAAAAAUUAUUGUGAAUGUUUUGAAGCGCGUAUAGCUUGCUCACAAAACUGUAAAUGCGUUGGAUGUCGUAACAUGGAUGACGAUUCAAAUAGUCCGCCAUUUGGAGAUUCUGGAUCAUUAAGUGUGGAACAUUUAAAAACUAGAACAAAAUCAGCCAAUUUUGUUACAUCCUUUGGAAGUAUGCAGGCUGUCAAUACUAUUCCAAGUCAGCCAUUCAAAUUUUUUACAAAUGAUGUGGUUCAAGCUACUUGCCGUUGCCUUUUAGCUAGAGGCAUGGAAGCUAAAAAAUUAAACACUGGAGCUGAAGAAUGUCAGCGUAUAAUUAUUGAAGAAUUUGGACAGUGCCUUGUUAAAAUUAUGGAUCUUGCAUCUGAGAAAUCUUUUUUAUAGUAAUUUAAAUCAUUAUUUUUAGAAGUUUUAUAAGUAUAAAUAUAAUUGACAUAAUUUUUAUUUUUGUUUGUAUAUAAUUUGUUCACUUUAUCUUUCAUCAUGCUAUAUUUUGUUUUGUGUAAAUUUGAGUGUACAUUAUUUUUAUUGUGUGUGUGUGUGUGUGUAAGAUUAAUUAUGUUUUUAUUUUCAAAUUUUAUUGACUCGUGUGCGUUUUAUUUAAUU